ACUAACUGACGUGUUGAAGGAAAUGUGUCCAAACAAACUGGCUAAGCUCAGCUUAGCUUCAAAUAAAAAUUACAAUGAGUGACUCGUCAUAUUUUCGUGAUUACAGACAUUUGUAAACAAACAAACAAAAAAAUCCUACGAUGGAUAUGUUUAAUAAAUUGACGACUCUUUUCCAGCAGGCCCUGGAAACUAGAGAGCCUUCAGUAAAUCUGCUCGACUCUUUCGUCGAUCAUUGGAAAGGAAUAACCAACUACUACAUUGAAACUACAGAUGAGGCGCAGCCGGUGAAGCAGACAGACAUCCCAUGGAGACUAAAGCAGAUGCUGGACAUCCUGGUGUACGAGGAGAGACAGCAGGAGGUGGAGGAGACGGGGCCCUGCAUGGAAUACCUGCUCCAGCACAAACUACUGGAGACACUGUGCACGCUGGGAAAGGCACAGUAUCCUCCCGGAAUGAGCCAGCAGGUCCUGCUGUUUUUCUCCAAACUCCUGGCGCAGAUCCAGAAGCCCAUACUGCACGUGAUUAACGUGUAUCGACCUGUACAGAAGCUGAUUCGUCUGUGUGGGCUCCCUGAUUCGCAAACAGAGAGGGAGGAGUCGUUGUUUCUCUUUUCCGUUUGUUCUCGUGUGAAGAAAGACCCGUCCGUCCUCAACUACAUCCUGGAGACUAGUAAAGAAGGCCAGCCUCAGAGAUGUAGCUCUGUGUCAGAGGAAGGUGUAGAAGGAGCCAGUGGCGGAUCCAGUCCAGAGAACUCGGCUUCUCCUUCCGCGCAGAGCUCAAGCCAGCCAGACACGGGUUUUAUCCAGAUCCUCGUGCAGCUUGGGAAAAGCCAGAAAAGCCGCGUUGCUUUGCGAGCGAUGGAGAGCAUGCUGCUCCUGACCAGCAUUCCUCAGGAGGACACGGCCAAGCUUCUGGCAGAGCAAACUCCACUGUGUGACUUUCUGGCACAGAGAGUGUGUGAGCUCUACGGCGCUAUCCCCACCACACUCCAUCCUGAGGACAUACACAGCUACACCGUCAAGCAGUGGAGGACUCAGUCAUCCCCGGUCAGCGCGGAGGAAAGCCAGUCGUUUCCAGCGCAGGAGCACAUGGACAGGUUCUUCCGCUGGCUCGACUACUGCGACCAGCUCAUUAAAGAUGCACCAGAGGUGCUUGCUGUUAAACUUGCCAAGGCUCUUCACCAGCAGUGGCUUACUGGAAUCAUUGAGCCUCAGCUGCUACAGAUGUCAGAGGUUGGCGUUCUGGUCCACACGGCUCUCCUGUCACGCUGCGUCAAUCACACACAGUCCGCCAUCCUGCUGCACGAGCUGGUGCACUUCCUGCUGGGUGGCGACACGCACCGGGAGCAGUCGACCGCCACGCCCACGCACACACACACGCUGCGCUACAAUCUCAUCAAACACUGCGACCACAUCUCAGACGAGAUUAGCAUCACUACAUUACGGCUGUUCGAGGAACUCCUGAAGAAGCCCGACAAACACAUCCUGACCAACCUGGUGCUGCGGAACAUCGAGAGUCGAUCCUAUAGGUUGCCGGUUUCAGGGGGCUGCGACGAGAGACCGGGAACUGAUCCUGAUUUCCUGGAAGAGUCAGAAGAGAUGGAGGAGGAUCCUUUCUUCACGGAAAGUGAGUUCAGUGGCUCGGAGCAUUUGCUGUCCUUGUCCAGGGAAGAGAGAAAGUCCAGCACACACACACAGAUAGCUGAAACUGUUAACAGUUUCCUCUGUUUAGUUCCCCAAGAGGCAAAAACAUCCCAGCAUGUACAGGGAGCAGGAUAUGACACAUACGUCCACGAUGCUUUAAAAUUGCUGAAAGAGUGUUCGGCUGUGUCUGCGGACUGGGGUUGGCCGGACACCCCAAAACCGAUCGAAGUCCAGUCCAGCAGUUCAGACUUCUACGAAGGACACUUCCUCAAAGUACUGUUGGACAGGAUUUCACGCAUACUGGAGCAGCCGUAUGAGCUGAACCUACAGGUGACGUCAGUGCUGUCUCGGCUGGCCGUGUUUCCUCACCCUCAUCUUCACGAGUACCUGCUGGACCCCUACAUUAGCCUGAGCCCUGGCACUCGUUCGCUCUUCUCUACACUCGUCCGAGUGAUCGGCGAGCUGAUGCAGAGGAUCCAGCACAUCCCAAACUUCACCCAGAGACUCGUCACGGUCAGGAAGCAGCUCAUGGGCCUCGAGGAGGAGACUGUAGUGGAUCAUGGCACCCUGUUGAAGGGCGUGAUCGUACUGGAGGAGUUCUGCAAGGAGCUCGCAGCCAUCGCCUUCGUCAAACUCCCUGUGGGCGAUCAGGAGCAUCUCUCAGCCCCUUAAACAAACGCAGGGCUGAAUCUUCAGGUGCUUCAGAGUUCACGUGUUUGCACAGAGGAAGGCGGGACUGUCACUGCAGGGUACAAUACACUGGCAUGGGUCACUUUCCUCACGCAUGGGUACGGUAAGGGUCGGUCUCGUUGCUGGUCACGUGUUUGGAGUUGACCGCUUUUUACCAGCCUUUUGAAGACCAUGAGACACGUGGUGCCUUUAAAACAGUCAGGAAUUGACUGGAUGAAUGAUGAUAAUUAACGACUUUCAGCUUCUAUAGUAGAAAAAAUAUUUAAAGUGAUAAAGGUGAGUUCUUCCUCAGUCACUACACUAACACUAAAACUGAGAAAAAUGGCUCCAAAGUUAUUUUCAUAUCCAUCCAAAUGUGAAGAUGCAGUGGCCUUAUUUAAUAUUUAUAUUGUGUAUUUUUAUACACAGAAAUUUUGACAAAACUUUUAUUUUUAGUCAGAUCGUGUAUUUUUUAAAUAUCAACCAAAAUUAUAGCUAUUCUGAUUUGAUCAAAAUCCAUUAAUGCACAUUUUCCUUUGCAACUUAAGCGGCAUCGUCAAGAUAAUCCUCGCUGCUGAACCAAACGUCCAGGGGGUGGAGCUGGACCUGAUCCAACUCCUCCUAUAAACCUAACUCUAACCCACUAGACAACACAAAACAGCACACACACUUAUCCAGCACGAAACACUGAGUUCUCUCCACCCUCUGGGGUUUUGGGUUGAAUCUGCUCAGGAAGGAGGAGCUGGAUCAGGUCCGACUCCACCCCCUGGAGUCUUCGUUCUGCAGUAAGGGGUAUUUGGCGUAGUUAGCUCUAGUAGAGCGAUGAUUUAGUGUGGUAGAGAAGAUCACCUUUAUCUGUACAUCAUGAAAUAGAUAAUACCUACGCUUAAUCGGCUGCCCAAAAGUGCUGCUUUUUUUGAAUUCAAGUGUUCAUGCUCAAAUUUUGCACAUUGAAUGUUAAGCUAUAUCGUAUAGCUGAUUAUUGUUAAAUGUCUGGUUAGUUAGCGAGCUACGUUUGAGGUAAGGGAGAAACAUAACGCAAAUUUGAUUUUACAGCUUUGACCUUAGCGUAAGAUAGAAGAUUUCUAUGCUCGGUCCAAACGUUAUCCAAGUUGGAUCAUUAACCCAGGAGUUAAAUUUCACUGCGGAUUGAGAAUCCUAAAAAAGUCUCGAUUUGUCUCGAGACCAAACAGCACAAUCUGAUGAUUAACCUGAGUUUGAAGGAUCCUGAGCCAUCGCACAUCUCUCAUUUCACCGUUCGUACUCUGUUUUUUUUCGUCUCACAUAGUGACGGCAGAAUUAUCGCCUUUAAUGCGUAUUUCAUGUUUAAAAUGAUCAUAUCGUAGUGACAUAUUUAGGAGACUCAAACUUUUUCUGCUCAUUAGUCUUAUAUCAUUAUUUAUAUUAUAAUAAUAAUAUUAUUACAGGCUUUGAAAUAAGUAUGGAAAAAGACUUCUGUCAUCUUUACUAAGUGUGGUACUUUACAUAUGGACAUUUAUUAAUAUUUGUUUUAAUUGCUGAACCAAACAUUAAGGGUCUGCAGAUGUUUCUGGUCAUGUUUCAUCAUCUGAUUUCUCUUUUCCUCUGUAUUAUUUUCCUAAUGAGUCACAGUCGUUAUCACUGUGAUGGUAAUCAAGAUGUUCUCAGAGUCUGUAUCGCUUAACACGGGGCUCAGACACAGCAUCGUGUGUGACUUCUGUGUCUCUGAUGAAUUCAGUGCUUGUUGCUGAAGGACUGGACUUGUAUACAUGAAACAAUCUGAUCUGUGUAAACAUGGAUGAUAUAAAGAUGAAAAUCAUGACA